AUGGUAAGGAUCAAUAGUUUCAACGUAAGGCGUGUACUCUUGGAUCAGGGCAGUUCAGCGGAUAUAAUCUACGGCGACGCGUUCGACAAGCUGGGGCUGACAGAUCAGGACCUGACGUCGUACACAGGAACUCUGGUAGGAUUCUCAAGAGAACAAGUUUGGGUGCACGGCUACCUGGAUAUGGACACAAUUUUUGGUAUUGAUGACAACGCGAAGGUUCUGCGAGUAAGGUAUUUGGUUUUGCAGGUAGUAGCGUCGUACAACAUCAUCAUUGGUCAGAUCAUGCUAAAUCUUCUAUGUGCAGUGAUUUCAACGGCUCCCCUGGCGGUGAAGUACCCGCUAAACAACGACAAGGUCGGAAAGAUAGCAGUUGAUCAGCGGAGAGCAAGAGAAUGUUACAACAACAGUUUGAGUUUGUAUGGCAAGAAGGGAGCUGUUGCAGGUCACAGGUGCCACGAAAUUGAGGUUUUAGAGGGAGAUCAGGAGUAG